AUGGCAUCGACCGACAGGCAGACCGAUCGUGGGCUUGAUCACGGCUUAGGCACAACUCAAGCAUCGGAAAAAGAAGCAGACGUUGCACAGGGUCCUGGGAAUGGAGUUUUUACGACUGAGCCUGACAAUAACUCGGAUCAGGAAUCUCUUGACCAUGAGGCUCAGGCUGGUGUUAAGGCUGUUCAAGCUGCCGCGGCUGUAUGGACCAAGUCUCAGUUGGUUUUGGCCUAUGUGAUCAUCUGGUUUAUCUAUUUUGUCACAUCCAUACAGGAAGUUGUCAUCCGCUCUCUCAACCCAUAUGUGACCAGUGCUUUCAGUCUUCAUUCUCUGACGGCUGCCACGAGCAUCAUGUCUAAUAUUAUCGGAGGUUUGAGCAAGAUUCCCCUCGCAAAGAUUUUGGACUCCUGGGGCCGUCCCCAGGGCAUGGCCUUGAUGCUUUUCAUCUGGAUCAUCGGCUUUAUCAUGAUGGCAGCUUGUGACGGCGUGCAGACCUAUGCUGCUGCGCAGGUUUUCUCUUCCGUGGGAUCCCAGGGAGUGAGCUACUGUCUUACGGUCUUCAUUUCCGAUACUUCCGCACUGAAGAACCGAGCCCUCAUGUUGUCAUUUGCAACUUCGCCGUAUAUCAUCACCACAUGGAUCGGUGGACCGAUCUCUCAGAGUGUUUUGGAGGGCCCUGGAUGGCGUUGGGGCUUUGGUGUCUUCACCAUCGUCGUGCCUGUCGUGGUCGCACCCCUGUGCAUUUUGUUCUUCUUCAACCAACGGAAGGCAAAGAAACUUGGACUCUUGACUCGUUCAAGCGGUCCUAUCACUCUUUCUGUGGUCAAGAAAUACUGCAUCGAGGUUGACCUGCUUGGAAUCAUCCUUCUUGCGGGCGGCAUGGCUUUGUUCCUUCUGCCGUUUAGCCUGUGGUCCUACCAGGAAGACCAAUGGAGAUCCCCAAUGAUCAUUUGCAUGAUUGUGUUUGGAGGGCUUCUCCUGAUCGCUUUCGCUCUAUACGAAAAGUUCUGGGCUCCAGUGACCUUCAUUCCAUUCAGUCUGCUGAUGGAUCGAACGGUCUUCUUUGCUGGGCUCAUGUUUGUGUUUGAGUUCUUCAACUCUAUGGUCUGGGGCAGCUACUUCAGCUCAAUGCUACAAGUGGUCUGGGGCCUCAAUGUGACAGAAGCCAGCUAUGUGUCAGCUAUCUACCGAGUUGGUUCAUGUCUUUGGUGUCUACUGGUUGGAUUCCUGAUUCGUUGGACUGGCCGUUUCAAAUGGCUUGUUGUCUACUUUGCCAUGCCACUCAUGAUCCUCGGCGUUGGCCUCAUGAUCAAAUUCAGACAGCCUGAUGUGAACAUCGGCUACAUCUGCAUGACUCAAAUUUUCGUUGCAUUUGCUGGAGGAACAAUCGUCGUCUGUGGUGAGCUUGCCAUGAUGGCACCUUCCGACCACCAACAUAUCGCUGUCAUCCUGGCAAUGCUCAAUCUGUUCUCCAGCAUUGGCAGUGCAAUUGGAUCUACUGUAUCUGCUGCAAUUUGGACUAGCGAGUUCCCCAAAGCACUCGCAAAGUAUGUCCCAGCGGAUGUGAGCGUGGCAAAGGUCUACUCUGAUAUCAAUGCUCAGCUCUCAUAUGCUUGGGGAAGCACCGCUCGGACCGCCAUUGCACAUGCUUAUGGUGACGCUCAGCGGUACAUGCUCAUUACCAGUGUCUGCAUGUUAGCUGUUGCUUGGGCCUGUGCUGGUAUGUGGAGAGAUAUCAGAAUCAAGGAUGUCAAACAGGUCAAGGGUACUGUUAUUUAG